CACGUGACCUCUGCGGGGGCGCAUGCGCAGUGCCCAGCUGUGAGGGAGGCGCGAAGAUGGCGGAAGCGGAGGGCGGCUGCUGAGCUCCGAGGGGUGGACCUAUCCUUCCACAACUAUGGAGAAUGAACCAAGCACAACCACAUCUUCCACAGGCACAACAACCAUAGCCACCACGUCUUCCCCUUCCCGUACGCAGCCUCCUCAGAUAUCUGUUUAUAGUGGGUCAGAUCGACAUGCUGUACAGGUUAUUCAACAAGCCUUGCACCGUCCCCCUAGCUCUGCAGCUCAGUAUCUCCAGCAGAUGUAUGCAGCUCAGCAGCAGCAUUUAAUGUUACAAACAGCUGCUUUACAACAGCAGCAUUUAAGCAGCACUCAGUUCCAGAGUCUGGCCAGCGUACCACAGGCAAACCUGUCAGGUGGAAGGCAGUGUGCGUCCCCCAAUGGCAAUGUCACUCAGCAGUCAAGCAUGUCAGAAACUUCGAUUAAUCUCUCAGCUUCGCCAACACCUGCUCAGCUUAUAAGCCGAUCGCAGGCCUCCAACACCAGUAGCAGCAGUCUUACCCAACAGACAAUGCUGCUAGGGAGCACCUCCCCUACUCUGACUGCCAGCCAGGCUCAAAUGUAUCUCCGAGCUCAAAUGCUGAUUUUUACACCUGCUACCACUGUGGCGGCUGUCCAGUCUGACAUUCCUGUUGUGUCAUCAUCAUCUUCGUUUCCCUGUCAGUCUGCAGCUACUCAGGUCCAGAAUUUGACACUACGCAGCCAGAAGUUGGGUGUAUUGUCUAGUUCACAAAAUGGCUCCCCAAAAACCAGCAGCCAAGCACAGGCUCUGGGUGUGUGUCCUAAUAAACCUAUAACCAGUACCAAAGCGAGCCAGUCAGAUCCUCCAGAAAGCAAAAGGAAAGGAGACAGCCCCACUGCAGAGCCUCGGAGUCCAGCUGUUACUCGUACAUCAAACAUUCACCAACUCAUAGCACCAGCUUCAUAUUCACCAAUUCAACCCCACUCUUUAUUAAAGCAUCAGCAGUCCUCUCUUCAUUCACCACCUUCAAAGAUGUCUCACCAUCAGCUGAUCUUCCAGCAGCAGCAAGUUCAACCAAUAUCGCUUCAGCUUCCUCCUGGGCAGGAAACCUCUGCAUCGCAGCAACACUGUGUGCCGCCAGUUCAGAGCCAUGCCCUCCCUCCCGCUCCCAGCAGUGCCUCAUCACAACAUGGCCCGCCUGCCCACAUCCACCCUCCGCUGCCUCCUCCACCUUCUCCAACUCCAUCCCAGUCCUCACAGCAAUCCGUAGUUGUGUCCCCCGCACCACCUCCUUCGCCCAGCCAGUCGCCAAAUAUCAUCAUUCACCCCCAAGCCCUUAUUCAGUCACAAUCUCAUCACUUGGCCUCCUCGGGGCUUCAUUCGCAGCAUAGUCCAGCACAGGCUGACGGCAGCCCAACAGAACCAAUGUCACACUCUGCUAAUCUUCCACCACAGCUCCCAUCUUCCCCGGUUGUGCAUGUUGGGUCAGCAGAGCCGCCUUCCAUAAUGUCUGCAGGACAACAGAUAUCGUCUCCGACAUCUCAUCCACAGUAUCCGGCUUUGCAAUCGACGCCAAUUCCAGUUGCAACUUCUCCGCAGCUGUCCACAUCCCCCAUGCACACCCAACCGCUCCCCCUUCCUCCUGUGCCGUCCCUGCAAGUACAGCCUGAAAUUUUGUCCCAGGGUCAGGUUUUAGUACAAAAUACAUUGGUUUCUGAGGAGGAGCUUCCUGCCGCUGAAGCUUUGGUGCAGCUGCCAUUUCAGACUCUUCCGCCUCCCCAAACGGUUGCAGUAAACCUUCAAGUACAGCAAGCAGUACCUGUAGAGACACCAGUGAUAUAUCAAGUAGAAGGCAUGUGUGAGGAAGAUAUUCCAGAAGAAUCAGAUUGUGGCCGUAUGGCUAGGACUCCCACUCCACCUACCUUGUCACCACCAGCUAUAACCAGAGAGGAUCUUAACUAUGAGGAGUCAUUUUCAGAACAAGAGGGACAUCCUUCAAUGGCCUUGUCGGUCAGUGCUUCGGUUAUCAAGUCCUCAUCAGACCCUUCUCAUGCCUCUAUUGCACAGCCGCCUCUUUUGCUUCCAGCAAUUACAACAAGGAGUAACUGCGCACCAGCAUCUCACAGGAACCCCAGCGUAGAAAGCAAACUUCCACAGGCUAUUGUUAAGCCCCAAAUCCUGACCCAUGUCAUCGAGGGGUUUGUGAUCCAAGAGGGGUUAGAGCCCUUUCCCGUAAGUUGUUCAUCUCUUAUGAUUGAUCAGCCUGCAAAAAAAAGAGCCCUGGUGGAAGGACAGGUGAUGAACGUCAUGUGUGUUGAUCCAGAGCUACAGAACAAUGCAAAACACGCAGACAAUUCCUCAGACACAGAGCUGGAAGAUAUUGCUGAUGAAGGACUAGAUGAGAUGGAAACUGAUCUCCUCAAGUGUGAGUUCUGUGGAAAAAUGGGGUAUGCGAACAAGUUCCUGCGGUCAAAGCGAUUCUGCACAAUGUCCUGUGCCAAGAGGUAUUCCGUGCUGUACAAUGUCAGUUGCAGUAAGAAAUUUGGGUUAUAUUCAGCAGACAAAAGCAGUCGUUGGAACCGGAGCUCGGAGAGUCAAAGCCUUGGGCGACGCGGGCGACGGCCGGGCAGUUGCGAUGGAGCUCCUAGGGAGCCCUUCCAUAGACAGCUUCCAAUUACUUAUCCAUCUGCAGAAGAAGACUUGGCUUCUCAAGAAGACAGUGUGCCGGUUGCCAUGACCACUCGCCUGCGAAGGCAAAGUGAGAGAGAAAGAGAGCGCGAACUUAGGGAGCUCAGGAUUAGAAAGACAUCAGGCAGCAUGGAUUUGCUACCCACUGUGCAAUCCGACCCAUCCAUUUGGAGUGUCGAAGAUGUUUGGGCCUUCAUACGUUCCUUACCUGGUUGUCAAGAUAUUGCUGAUGAAUUUCGAGCCCAGGAGAUCGAUGGCCAGGCCCUUCUCUUAUUAAAAGAGGAUCACCUUAUGAGUGCAAUGAAUAUUAAGCUAGGACCAGCACUAAAGAUUUGUGCACGGAUCAAUUCCUUGAAGGAAUCAUAGUGGAAAACUAAGGCUUUAAAGCUCAGCUUCUAUCAGAUGACAGACUUGUUAAGCGAUAAGCCGACAUCUUAAUGUGUGAUGUGAUUAUUACUGCUAUGUUUUGCUAAGCAUUUUUUUCCACAUACAGACUGUUGGAAGAUCACAUUUAAUGUUAAUCUUCCAUCCCUUCCAGUACUUAUCCAGCUUAUUGGGAAGCAUAAGCUGUUUGGGCAAAUUGUUGUAGUCAAAUGCAAGGCAAGCUAGUCAGUGGAAAGCUCCAUGUAAUAUGUUGUGGUGAUAUUUAUUCCAAAAAGCCAGUUAUAUACCAUACAAGAUUUAAGGUUUUUUAGAAAAUAUAAGCUUGAUGACCAUUUUAAAUUGCUUUUCUAUACACUUUUUUCCUUUGUAGAAAGCUUUUUAAGAAUAUGGAUUAACAGAAGAGUCCACAGAGUCUGUGGCAGCGCUGAUUAUGGUAAAAUGCUAUGCAUUUAAUUGUGCUCUUUGAGUUUCAAUUAAUCUUGAGUGUAUAGGUCGAAGAGAAUUUGCAGCUGAUCUCCUUCUAUCAUAACCCUAUUGCUCACCCACCUCUGCGUUGUUUUCUUAAAGUGCAGAAGAUUCUCUGUCAAAAUAUACAUUUUUGUCAAUGGAGCAGUCCCAUGUAUACAAACCUAUUGGAUGUCUUUUAAUGUUUUAAUGGGAGCAGGAAAGCAUCUUAGAAUCAUAGAACAAUAGAGUUGGAAGUGAACACAUGGGUCAUCUAGUCCAGCCCCCUGCCUUUAGGAAAAGCACCCCUGGCAGAUGGCCACCCAGCUUCUGUUUAAAAGCUUCCAAGGAAGGAGCUUCCACCACACUCCAAGGCAGACAGUUCCACUGCGGAACAGCUCCUCUUACAGUCAGGAAGUUCUUCCCUAAUGUUCAGGUAGAAUCUCCUGUCCUGUAAAUUGAACCCAUUGCUCCCGAGUCCUAGUUUCCAGGGCAGCAGAAAAUAAGCCUGCUCCCUCUUCCUUAUGAUAUCCUUUCACAUAUUUAUACAUGGCUGUCAUGUCUCCUCUCAGCCUUCUCUUUUGCAGGCUAAAUAUACCAGCUCUUUAAUACGCUUCUCAUAGGGCAUGGUCUCCAGACCUUUGAUCAUUUUAAUUGCCCACCUCUGGACACCUUCCAGCUUGUCAAUAUGUCUUUUAAAUUGCUAUCUCCUGAAUUGGACAUAGUAUUCCAGGGGAGGUCUAACCAAAGCAGAAUAGAAAGGCACCAUUACUUCUCUCGAUAUAGACUCUAUAUUCCUUUUGAGGCAGUCCAAAUUCCCAUUGGCUUUUUUAGCUGCUGCAUCACAUUUUUGGCUCAUGUUCGACAUGUCCACAAAAACGCCAAGAUCUUUCUCACAUGGACUGUUGUAGAACUAGGCAUCACCCAUUCUGUAUCUUUGAUCAUAAUGGUAAAGCUGCCAGAAACUGGAAUAGCAUGGUAUUUUUUAAGAGUACUAACAAACAAAUAUUUUGACAGUGAUUCUUUUUGUAUUGCUACACAUGGAAGAGGAAAUUAUGUUCUUACCCUUCUAGGAUUUCUUGCUCGUAGUUAACAUUGACCAAAGGAGUUAACACAUGCCUUUCCAUCCACUCAUAAACUAAAUGGAAACCCAUUGUCCAUGUUCUAGUGUUCAACUUCAAAUUACUGAAUAAUUCUAAGAUGAAAAUUGGAUCAACAGACAUGUCUAGACUUCCCUUUCCUUCCAAAUUUCUUUUUUUCCCACUCCUUUUCUUGAUUCUUUACCUGAUAUUCUAUUGUGUGCUGUUAGGUGCAGUGUUCUUCAUAUCUGGAACACCUUUACCAAUAGCAGUGAUUUUUACUUUUAAUAUUUUCUCAUAUGCCAGUGUUAUUGGCAAAUGUUAUUCAUAUUAUGGUGAGGCUAUCGAAGUCAGUGUCACCAAAGUAUUGACGAAGAUAUGUUCCAUUUAUUUGUGAGCAUUUUAAAAUUUUGCAUUGUAUACUUGGAGGCCCUCUAACCACAAAUAAUGUAAUAUUGUUAAAUGAAACAGGCCCUGUUACUUAGAAAUUUUCUCAAGCAAAACAAAUUCAUGAAAGUUUUCCAAGACUAAGGAAUUUCAAUUCACUUCAGUAAGGGCUUAUACUAAACAAAAGUUACCAGUUACAAGAUAUAUCUGUAUUAAUUUCAGACAUACGUGGGUUCAAUAAUAUUAACAUUGUUCCCCCCUCCCCUGGAAUUUAUUUAUUAAAUUAUUGCUAAACAUUUAGGCACUAUGGCUAUUACCCAACUAGUGUUCUGCUGAUGGAACCUAUCUAUCACUGGAAUGGAGACGGAUAUUUUUAGAGUUCCCUUUCCCUGAAACAAUCUCCCACGUCCUUCUAGAAUCUGAUCUUUAUCUAAACACUAAACACAAGUGUAAACAAAACAUAAUUAUGUUGCUUUGCUUUGAGUGAAGGCCAGGAACAAAUCCAAAAAUCAACUAAGUUCUUGCCCUGGUAAGAAAGGACAGCAUUCUCUGUCAGCUACUUAGUUAAGUAUAUUUAAUAAAUAGCUGAAGGAGAUGUCACUGUCCCAUGUUCUAAACAUGCGCACAUUCCUUCUUCCCAUGAAAAUGAUGCCUGGUCACAUAGGAUGAAGUAAUGGUCAUGGCAAUAGUGUCACAAUUGUAGCAAUUAUAAAUGUGGCAUAAUUACUUAAACUCAUCCAUAAUUGUUCUGUAUUCACAAUCAUUUCUUGGUCACAAUUGUAACACUGUUGGUGCAAUCGUAACCACACCCAAUCUCCUUUACCUGAAGGAACUCCAUUGUGCUUGUGAUAAAAAACAUGAGUGAAGGACAUUUUUUCAGCUUGAGCAGACAGGCCAGGAGGCACCUUAGUCAUUUGGGUAAUUGGCUCAGUAAUUAGGACCUUAAGGCAGGCAUGGGCAAACUAAGGCCCUCCAAGUAUUUGGACUUCAACUCCAACAAUGUGGGAGUUGAAGUCCAAAACACCUGGAGGGCGAAAGUUUGCCCAUGCUGGUCUUAAGGGAGAGCAGCCCAAGAAAUAAGCAAAGCAGAUAUGUGAGCAUAUGUGUUAAUUAUCAAGAAUUAGUAGUUAAGUAUACUUAACUAUAUAACAGAGAGAGAAUAUUGGCCAAGGUAUUUGCUUCAUUUCUGCAUUAAUACUUCUCAAAAUUUAUCAUUUAAGAUAGUUUUGAAUUUAAGGGGGUUUUCAGGAAGGUUCCUAGUCCAUCAACAUGAAAUGACAUGGGCCUUACAAUCCGAAGGGAGACCCACCAAACAAGUAAGCAAAGUAAAUAUGUAAUCAUGCAUGUAAAUAAUUAAGAAUGACAAGAUAUUACAUCAGCAUCUUAUUUUUCCUGUUGAUAUAUUCUUCCACAUAUUGCAAGGACAUGCUGUAGAAUGUAAAGUGGUCAUCAAUCUGUAUGAACUGAUUUAUAGUCUAACAAGUAUUUGUGAGCCAUUUGUUGUAAACAGAAAAUAUUAAUGAAGGCCCUUUUUGCCAAAACACAAUGGGAAGACUUUGGAAUUAAGAAUAUAUUUUUGCUACCAGGGUGGGGGGGUUAAUUAAUGGUUGUGUCCUAUCUGCAUGAAAGAGUAUAAGUUCAUUAAAUCCUAUUGGGAGACAUUUAGGCAGCAAAUGGGGAUGAGGUCUAUUUGAAUUCUUAGUAAAUAAGUAUGGGGCUGCAAUUCAACUAAAUUGAAGUAUGUCAGUUUGACUGAGAAGCACAUCAGGCUAUUUUUGUUCUUUUAGGUUUUAAAAGUGUUUUUACAAAUGUAGGUACUGGAACAAUUUUCCAUCUCUUGUAAUUGCAAACUGGAAGACAAAUUCAUCUUCAUAAUAGAAUGAUAAACACGAUAUAAUGUUUUCCAAAUAUACAUUUUACGCACUGCACAGUGUAUAGAGGGCGAUUUCCUGAAGAGGACUAGAUUGUUAUGUAGUGUUUGGGGGCAUUGCACCUUUGAAGUUGAAGAGUAAAAGCAGAAGCACAACUGUCCUGGACAGAAACAUUUGUUGUUCCAUCUCCCCCCCCCCCAAUCAAGAAACUAGUUUUGAUUGACAAAGAUAUAUGUGACUGUACAAUAUGUGCAAUUACUAGAAUAACUAGAAUAUUCUGAUAUUCUAGCAUGAAGUCCUACCGGUUUGCCUGCCUGCCUGCCUGCCUGCCUGCCUGCCUGCCUGCCUGCCUGCCUGCCUUCCUGCCUUCCUUCCUUCCUUCCUUCCUUCCUUCCUUCCUUCCUUCCUUCCUUCCUUCCUUCCUUCCUUCCUUCCUUCCUUCCUUCCUUCCUUCCUUCCUCCCUCUGUGGCAGUGGCUUUGUAAUAACCCAAGAAUAAACACUGUACCAAAGAAGGCUUUUGGGUUCAACAGCUGAAAGCCCAGCUAUGUAGUCAAUUGUUAGAUCAUGGACUAGCAGUUCAGAGGUAUUUGACAGGUCCCAUGUCCUCUGUCAGGCUUCACAUUAUAUGAAGCAGAAGGGAAGGGGCAAAUUAUCCUCUCAUGCAGGAGCUUGCCUAACACCCCCCCCCCCAAAAAAAUAAUGAUCUGGAAGGUCUUGUCUUCAUAUUAAAUUACUGUCUUCUGUAGCCCAGCUGUAGACAAAUUACAAAAGCCAAAGGCAAUAAAAUGCAGCACUGUCCACCUCAGUCUCUCUAGUAUUAUCUAUGAUUUAAUGGCUCCCAAUGCCAUUUGGCUUUUUUUUUUAUUCGAUUUGGGUUAAAAAUCCAAGAUUAUAAACAAUUAUAGAGAUGGAACAAUGCAAAUCAUUGCUCUAAGAUAUGAAAUAUAAUGUUUGUUGGAGACAACAUGUAUACCUAACGGUAUUAACCACAGAAAAAGAUAUUGGAUGGUCCUAAACAAGAACUAUUUUUCUUAAAGUAAAAUAAAAUGAGGGACAUGAGUCAUAAGUGCUAUGUGACACUCAAGCCAUGGUAUUUGGACAUCUUAAUCGGACACUUGUGUUGCAACAGCUUCAUUUGGUUUUCUCUGGAUUUAAUCAGGAAGUAGCAUGAAAGAACUUUUCAAAAGAAUGUUAUAUAUGUGUGCUUUUAUUCCUGCUGUUAUGUCCAUCCAUUGCUUCUGAUGCAAUUGAAAUACCUGGAGUUUCAGAGCUGGUCUCAAUGCCUGCUGACAUAAUCCUGGGUUUGGUGAUGUGAAAAAUGUAAUGAGACUUUAAUUAAGCCCUUGAUCUUGGAGAAAGAUAGCAUUAAAAAGUUUUCAAAUUGCAAUUUUCCAUAAUGCUGAAAAGAGCAAAGAAAUACACCACACCAUGUAAUGGUGUAAUGCUAUGGCAUACAACAUCACCAAAUAGGUUCUGCAUUGCAUGACAGGGAGCUGGACUAGAUGGCCCUUGUGGUCUCUUCCAAGUCUAUGAUUCUAUAAAAGUAAGUUCUGGUUGUAGUGAUGAUGGAAGUUGCUUUACUCCUUCAUUUUCUCAAACACAAUCAUGCAAAGAAUCCUUUUAACAUUAAAAUAAAAUAACAUGAUCCAUUGUCCUUCACGAUCCGCAGUGUUAAUAUCCCUUCCAAAAUACUCAUUAAGGAUUUAUUUUCCUGAACGGCAAACCUGGCAUACUUUUCCCUAGAAGAUUUGGAUGAAGUGUUCAUUUCUGCACAUUCACAGCAUUAAAUCUUUCAAAUGUACUGUUUGACUGUUGCUGUUAUCAGUGAUUGUUAGUGAAAUCCAAGUGUGUUACUGUAUUGUGUAAAAAUUAUCAAAGGUUGUAAAUUUCAGAAAACAAAUUCUUACAAGUCCUCAUUGUUCCUUUAGCAGGAAAUUCCCUAUAUAUGUCACUUCAAGCCCCCUAUAAUGUGUUCAAAGAGCACAUGAGUUUCAUUUUGUUCAGCUAGCUUGCCUAAUACUUUGGGCCUAAAAUUUGUCAUGUCUGAAAAAGUAAAAUAGCACAACACAGAUGUGUUGAAAAGACCCCAUUUAAAUCAUUCGUGGAUAGCUCCCAAUGUUGAAGACCAAGGUACCGGCGAGGUUUAAUUUCAGAUCUUGGUUUGUAAAAUGUUAAACCACACAUCCCUGUUUCAGAUGUAAUAAGGCAUUGCUGUUUUAAAGAAACUAUUGUUGAAGCACAAACACUGGCACACAAGAGGGUAGGUGUGCCAUAAUUUAUAAUAAGCAUCAAUCUAUUAAGCCAGGACGAUUGUGUGUAAAUUGGACCACAGUACAUGUAAAAAUAAAUCUGGAAUUGGUACUGAUGGACAGUCAUUUUUUGAAUUGCAACUCUUGUUUGUAUCAGUAAAUAUUUACUUUUACAUACUUUUGAGUAACCUAUGACAUUUUAAAAAUAACUAAUGGCAGACAAUUAAGGUUUUCCAUAAAUCUGUAAUAUUUUAGUAAGUUCUUUUGAUAGGUGUUGGCUAUAGACUGAAAAACAAAAGAUGUUCUUGAAAUGUUAAAAGGUGGGGCUGGCCCUGUGGCCUUAUAUAUAUUUGAAAGCAUGUUCUCUUGGAUUCAUAAAAUGAGCACUUAUAUUUUCCAUGCUAAAUGAACCAGCAAGAACUAACAAUGGGAUCUUUAUUUUAUUUCCCCUUAUAUUGCACUAAUAUUUGAACUUGCUAUUUAAGCACAUAGUAUUUAACUACAGUUUAUUUGGUUCUAAACUAACCACCUCCAAUAUUUCUGCAACUGACCUCUUGCCUUCAUCAAAAGUCAUUUUUCCAUCUUUUUUUUACUAUGAUAACAAUUUUAAAAGAAGAGUUAUGUUAGGAAUGAGUAGAUCUGUACAAAGGUGAGAGACACCCGAACUUUGAAUAUAUUUGCUUAUAUACUAGUGUAAGAUUAAUCUAUAAAGAUAUCUGUGUACGUCUGUGUUUGUAUCAUGGAAUGGUACUUGGAUUUUCCUGAACAGGUCGUUUCAAAAAUAUGUAGCAUCAAUUUGGGAGUUGGAUUGUUUCCAAUGACAGUAUUUUAAAAUGCCCCUCUCAAUAAAGCUGAAUCAUUUUUACAUUUUAAAAAAUAUACCAAUAAAUUACAGUGAUUUAGGUAAAAUCUGUAUCCUUUUUAUAUAUAAAAAGCACUUUCAUCUAACAUAGCAUGUGGAUGACUUUUAGAUUCUCAUAUUUGUUAUGGUCUAUAGGAGUGGUGUAAAAUUUGUCAUUAACCUGUCCAUUGAUAACCUGAGGAUACAAAUGAAGAAUCAAAGCACCUUAUACUAUUUGCUGCUUCAAUUUGCUUGUAAUUGCACCUUUUGUUAGUCGCACACUUCCUUUUUUUAAUUGAGCAUUUUUAUGUGGUAAUAUUUGCUUCCUGUGGGAUUACAUAUUUGACCUACAGUAUCAUGUACAUGGUUUAUAUUUCAACUUUACAUUACAAUUGUGAAAAUACAGUGCUUCAAAAAUAAAAGCUACUUCCAUUUGUCUA